AUGGCAAGUAAGACGCGUGUGGCGAUCGUGGGCUCCGGCAUCGGGGGCUUGGUGUUGGCCAAGACCCUGACCCAGUAUGGCGAAGGCAAAGUCGAGGUGAAGCUCUACGAAGCCUGGGAGGAAUGGAAGACGCGAGGUGGCUCCCUGGGCAUCCAGCAAUCCAUCGAGAUUCUGGAGAAGUUGGGUUUGAAGGAGACCUUCGACGCGUUGGCGAAUCACCCUUCCACGUCCAAGUUUUGGAGCGAUGGCCAGGAAGUGACGCACUUGGACUUGGGGGGAGCUGGCCCUGGCGCUCACAUCAUCAUGCGCAGGGACCUUCAGAAGAUGAUGGUCGACUCCCUCCCCCCAGAGGUGAUUUGCAUGGGCCACAAGUUGGAGAGCAUCACGGAGGAUGACAAGGAGGUAACCCUUACUUUCGCCAAUGGCAAGGUGGAGAAGGCUGACGUUGUGGUUGGGGCGGAUGGAAUCCAUAGCACCGUCAAAAAGCAGCUUUUCGACGCCGGGGAGCCAGUCCAUGCUGGUUUUCGCCUCAUCUAUUCCUGCAGUUCCGUUCCUGUUCGCAAAAACCCAGACGAGGUGCACACCACCUGGAACACGGCUGACGGUGCAGGCUAUCAUGUGAUGGAUUGGACGGCAGGUGCCGGCGACAAGCGCCAUGACGUUUGCCUGUUGAUGAUGCGCAGUGACGAGCUCAUCAGCGACAAAUGGGACUCGACGAUAGUGAAGGAGAAGCUCAAAGAGCUGGCUGCCAAAGUGGCGCCAGACCAUGAGGUGCUACACGGCGCCAUUGACAACGCUGAGAUGUGUUUCGAUUGGGGGGUCUACAUCCAACCAGUGUUGGCUACCUGGAUCUCUCCCAAGCAGAAAGUGACAUUGAUUGGAGAUGCUGCGCACGCAACCUCGCCCUUCAUGGGCCAGGGUGCCAACAUGGCCAUCAUGGACGCCUGGCGCUUGGGCCGUUGUUUGGCCGCUCAAGACCCAGAUGCUUUGAAGAACUACGAGGCCGAGAGGAAGUCGGCAGCUGAGCAGGUGGUCAAGAUGAGCUCCUUCAUGGGCAGCAUGUACACCACCACUGGCUGGAAGGCCAGCAUCCGCAACUUCGUCCUUCCCUACGCCCUGCCCUAUGCCUUGUCCAAGACCUUGGUCAGCCCCCUUAAGGAAGGAGACUGA